AUGAAAAUACCAGACUACGCCGAUACUACUAUGGUUUCAUACAAAGAACUAUUUAAGUUUGAUGAUUCAGAUCUAAAUGUACCGUCUGAUACUUUAAGUGAAGCUGUCUAUGACAAUGCUAAAUUAGAUUAUAUUUUUCAAAAUGUUAACACUAGAAGCAGAGAUGAGGUUGAAGAUGAGAGAAUAAAUAUCCAAACACAAUUACCUACACAACAAAACCAACGUAUUUCGAAAGAAAUAAUAGAAGAUGAACCCAAACAAGUUUCAGAAAUUAGACCAGAUUCGGAUUCACGAUGGAAAUUAUUAAGAGUAAUUGCUGGUGCACAUCAAGGAUGGGUUCGAUCUUGUACUGUUGAUCCUGUAACGAAUAAAUGGUUCGUAACUGGUUCCUCUGACUCUACAAUUAAAAUAUGGGACUUAGCGAGUCUGAAUUUGAAAGCUACGAUAACAGGCCAUAUAAUGGGAGUAAGGUCAUUGGCGGUUUCAUCAAGGUACCCAUAUCUUUUUUCAGGAUCCGAAGAUAAAACUGUAAAGUGCUGGGACUUGGAGAGAACAAACUCACUGCUGGGAUGUCAAAUUCGAAAUUACCAUGGACAUGUUGGGGGUAUAUAUGCUAUGGAUUUACAUCCAGAACUUGAUUUGUUGUUUACUGGAGGCCGUGAUUCUGUUAUUCGAGUUUGGGAUCUAAGGUCAAGAACGGAAAUUAUGGUUCUAAGUGGUCAUAGAAGUGAUAUCACGUCAAUUGCAAGUCAAAUAGGAGAUCCACAAAUAAUUUCUAGUUCAAUGGAUGCAACUAUUCGAUUAUGGGAUCUACGUAAAGCAACUACGCAAUUAGCACUUACUCAUCAUAGCAAGAGCAUAAGACUGAUGGCUAUGCAUCCACAAGAAAUGACCAUGUGCUCAGGAGAUACAUCUGGAAAUCUUAAGGAAUGGUUAUUACCAGGGGGUGAAUUGUUAAAUGAAUUUGGGCAAGGAGGAGAAAAUAAAAUAAUAAAUACGCUAUCUAUUAACCCAAGUAGUAAUACUCUAUUUUCGGGAUAUGAUGAUGGAAGAAUGGAAUUCUAUGAUUAUGUUAGUGGUAACUUAUUACAAUCAGAUGCAACUACGCCAGUGACUGGAUCUACUGAGUCUGCGAUAUAUGCAUCAACAUUUGAUAUGCUGGGUUUAAGAUUAAUUACAUGUGAAGGAGAUAAGAGCAUCAAAAUAUGGGGAGAAGAAUAG